UGAUUACGCGAAAAACAACGUGUACAUUACAGUAAUGAUUGAUUAUAAACACGCAUACUUUCUUCACCUUUUUACCAUCUUGAUCCAGCUGGUGCUCAUGUAUUACAACAUGAAUGUGGUAACAACGCGAUGGCACUCCGGCGCAGUCUGAUCGCGCUAGCCGCGUGCGUGGCCUGCGUACUCGCUAUACCCGCCGACGUAAACACCAUUACUCAAACAAUCAAAAUAGCCUCAGAUGGAAAAGUGGCCCCAUCAGCAAACAGCGUUAUAGGCACUGUUGAGAAGAAAGCAGAGAAGAAUGAUCAUCUGCGGCCGGUCCACGAGAGGUACCCUCACGCCGUACUCUUCGGCAGAAACUGUGGCGGCACCAUCAUCAGCGAGAAAUGGAUACUUACUGCGGCCCACUGCACCCUGUUCACCGAGGGGAAGACCAUCUUGGCAGGCACCAGCAACUCUGCAGACGGCAGCGGAGUCACGAAACGAGUGAAAAAACUGCACAUCCAUCCGCUUUUCUCCGUCGGCCCUUACUGGGUAGACUCCAACGAAUUCGAAAUUACCCAGGUAGCAGCGCGAUGGGACUUCCUCCUGGCCGAGCUAGAGGAACCCCUGGAGUUGGAUGGGGUAACCAUGGUUGCGGCCCGUCUUGACAAUGACCUAAAGACUCCGGUAGGGCUGGACGCGGGCUAUGCUGGAUAUGGCACGGAUCAUUAUGGCGGUUACAUGCGCCAUAAUAUGCACGGCAUGGAGCUCUCAGUGCUGGCGGACGAGGAGUGCUCUAAUAAACUAUUACAGUUCAAUCCCGAGGACAUGCUAUGCACCAGAGGGCGCCCGCCGCGGUACGACUCUGCUUGCAAUGGCGAUAGCGGCAGCGGUUUGGUAGCAAACGGUCGCGUCCUUGGCGUGGCAUCGUGGGUGGAGAACGACUCGUUUGAGUGUCGCAACGGCAAUCUCGUCGUCUUCUCCAGGGUAGCCCGCGUCAGUGACUGGAUAAGGAACGUCACUACCUGGUCCGGGCUUCCCGCCAAGAAUGGGUAAUAAAACCUUUUUGAUGAAUGUUACCACCUGGAGACACCAACUUGUUCAGUCCGUCCAAAUUACGUAGGAAGGCUUUAAGUGUUUUCCAGUCUCUGCAUUAUCUUAGGCCAGCGAGCAAUACACGUAAUUAUUUCACUUUUCCCAUGAAAAUUGUGAAUUGCACAAGACCAUAGCUACAAACUACAUUUAAAAGACAAGCAUGCUCGGGAAAAUUAUUGCGCACCAGAAAAUUUUUAACAGGUUUCCUACGUAAGAAAACUAUACAGUAAUUAAUAGUUAUUCAUAUUUGUGAUCAAAUGAUACAAUAAGUCUUUACAUGUUACCAUCAUGUGAUAAGAAGGUGAAACAGAUAGGUAAUAAUAUUUAGUAAUAUUGGUUGUUAUUUUAAGUACAAAAUAAAGUUGAAGUUUGAAUUUAAA